AUGCGUUUCCAAACCAUCCUCCCCAUCGCCUUCGUCUGUGGCGCCGUUGCCACUGGGUCUCUACCUCCUACAUCUCAGGACCCCGGCAAGACCACAGCUCGUGGUCCACCCCGUGCCCGCCUUACACCUCUUUCCCCACCCCGUGCACCUUCUACGAGCGGCCCAGCCACGGGUGGAACAAGAGCACACAAAUUAGAAGAAUGCAUGAUUGUGUGCGAGCCCACCUUCCAAGAUGUGGGCUUGAGGGACCAACGAAAGCUCACAAAGGGUUGCACGAACCUCUGCGUUGCUUUGGGGUAUAAACCAGAAUACUAG